AUGCCUUACACGCCGCCCUCCCACCGAUCUCCCGCCUCCUCAGCCUCUACAUCACCUGUAGCGAGCCGGAGGUCGUCGCUUCAAUCGAGCCCUCGACCUAGCCUACCACGAUCUGCCUCAUAUCUUACAAAGCAUCGACGAACACCUUCAGCUUCUGCUCUUAGCGAUGGAUCGACAGGAACGCUGACACCGCAGGGGACUUCGGAGGACCUCAAGAGCAUGGGUACAGCAGUUCCUUCUAGCGUGCGGCAAUCACCACCACCUGUGACAGACGAGCGCACGAUGCCCAUGGGUGCUAUCAUCUCCCCACCUGACUCCGCUUCCUCCGGUAGCGACGAUGAGGAGCAAGGUCCCCAAAUCCGAGGUCGAAAGCUUGACAAGGCUCUACGAGACGCCGUCAGCCCAAUCCCCAUGCAGCGCACAUCAUCACCCGAACGAACACAACAGAUCAAGCACCAAGACAGCACGGAAACGUUGCAGCUUCGGCCCCGCAAAGACAACAUGCACCUCAGCUUUAGCACAAGUGCACUUGGUGAUCUUGCCAAGGGACGCAAGAUGGGUCACGUUCGAUCAGCUACCGAACCCAACGCUGGCCUAAACAAGGACAACUCACAGUCUGUGUCAGAGGAGGAGACUGACGAAGACUUGCUUAAGAAGCCUCAAAUGGUACGCAAGAAGUCUGGUGAGCUCGUCCGACCUGCACUUCGUCCCUCUUCACGCCGUCGCCCCUCAAGCAUGCCUGGUACCCCCAUCUUCUCCAAGGCUGUCCACUUCGAUUCACACCUUGAGCACGUCCGACACUUCCUCCAAGUGGAUCGACCUCUUGCUGUGAGCGCUGGCUCUUCACCUAUCGACAGCUAUGAGAGCGAUACCGAGUACCCCUUCCCUGGCAACGGCAAGCAGACUGCCCGUGCCCCUCCUUUCGAAUGGGAGAUCCUCACAACCAACUUCCCUCACGACUCUGUGGCUCGUAAGUCGUUGCCUGUCCGACUCGAGAAGGUUUGGCUCUCGGCCGACCAGAAGUCUCUAUUGGGUUCAGUGGCUGUCGCCAACAUUGCCUUUAACAAGGCCGUUACAUGCCGUUUCACCCUGGAUUACUGGAAGACCACCUCGGAGGUCGCCGCCGACUACAGCCACGAGAUCCGCCCCCGGGAAACACCGCUUGGCCAUGACCGCUUUACCUUUUCCAUCAAGCUCGCCGACACCGCCAACCUUGAGUCCAAGACCCUGUUCCUCUGCGUUCGCUACACCGUCAAUGGACAGGAGUACUGGGACAACAACACCAACUCCAACUUCCAGGUCGACUUCCGCAAGAAGCAUCUCCCUAUGAAUGGCAAGAACAACUUCCAGGGCGCUUCUUCUCGGUCGGCCGGUGGUCUUCCCCGGAGCAACCGACGCACCAGCAACGCCAACGUCCCUCGACCCAAGUCGAUGCCUGUUGGCUUCGGUGAGUUUGGCGAUGACGCGAAGCUCAGCUACGACCAACCCAUCCACGAGUUUCUCGGCGAGUCUGAGAACAGCACUGGUGGUCUUCGCCUCAAGUCUAAGUCGGCUGGCAACCUGGCCAGUGACAACCUCUCUAAGGACUUUGGCUCACCCAGUGGCCUCGCCUUCUCCAACCGCUACGACUUUGGUGCUUCCCUCAGCGCUGCCGUCCAGGCUGCCAAGGAGAAGGAAGCCGCCCAGGACAAGGAUGGUCUUUACAUGAAGGCCAACGUCCGGAGUUCCAAGCCCAUCCUCGUUGUCCCUCAGCCUCCCACCACUGUUAAGAGCCCCACGAUGGCUACCGGAGCUACCUCUCCCAACUCUACAAUCUCCAGCUCGUCAUACGAGGAGCUGGUUAACAAGUACUGCUUUUUCGGAUCAAAGCAGUCGAGCCCUAGCAUGAUGGACGGUACCCUCAGUGGUGCUCGCUUCGACCCGGCCACCGCUGGCAAUCACCGCCAUACCACCUCGCUUGGAAGUCCCAACGGGUACACCCACCACGCCGGCCCUGCAGCUCACCAUACCCUUCAACUGGGUGGUGCUUUCAGCCCACAGUCGGGCUCUUCAACACCCAAGGAUGGAUUCCGUGCCAACACCGCAUCGCCUUCCCCGAGACCCUCUGCCACUGCACGGUCGGCUUCACCCGCUUUUGUCUCUUUUGAUGGUACUCCCUCUAACGACCUGUCGUACCAUGUCCAACAACAAUUGAUGGACCGAUUUCCCUGGUCAGGCGAUGGCCAUGCUACGGCGAUCCGAGGAUAG